CACCUCCACCCCUCCUCCCUCCACGGGUACGGAACUAAGUCCAGGAUUUAUCCCCCUCCUCUGCUCUGCCUUGUUUACUCCUCAGUGUCUGGCUCACGGCAGCCACUGCAGAUGCCACCUGAAGACAGAAGGAGCCAGACCAGAGUCAUGAUCCUGAGGGCCAUCACCCUGGCUGCCCUGCUGAGUCCCCAUGGCACUGGGGCCAUCAGGGUCCAUGUGUCAACCUAUGCCGAGUUUGUCCAGACAUACAGACCCUCUGGGGAGUACAUGUUUGAAUUUGAUGGGGACGAGCAGUUCUAUGUGGACCUGGAUAAGAAGGAGACCGUUUGGCACCUGCCGGAGUUUAUUCAUGCCUUUGACUAUGAUGCUCGGAGGGGUAUUGCUGACAUUGUCAUGGCGAGGAAGAACUUGAACACCUUGAUCCAACGGUCCAACCACACCAGGGCCACAAGUGAGCCCCCUGAGGUGACUGUGUUUUCCAAGGAGCCUGUGGAGCUGGGUCAGCCCAACACUCUCAUCUGCCACGUGGACAAGUUCUUCCCACCCGUGCUCAAUGUCACAUGGCUGCGCAAUGGGCAGACGGUAACCGAAGGGGUGGCUGAAACCAUCUUCCUGCCUAGCACAGAAUUCAGAUUCCACAAGUUCCACUACCUGACCUUCCUUCCCACGGCCGAUGAUGUCUACGACUGCCGGGUGGAACACUGGGGCCUGGACGAGCCGCUCCUCAGGCACUGGGAGGCCCAGGAGCCGAUCCAGGUGCCUGAGAUGAUGGAGACUGUGGUCUGUGCCCUGGGCCUGGUGGUAGGCCUGGCAGGAAUCGUCACUGGCACCAUCAUCCUGAAGACCAGGCGACCUGACACCAUUUGUGGGUGCAGGGGCCCCUGUGACAAGCUUUCCGUGACAGAAGAGGACAUAGGGGAGAACCCAGGGUCAGGUCUACUUUAAAGCUUGAAUCCCUUUGAAUCUCUGCUCAACACCCCAAAACCCCUCUAAUUCUUGCCUGUAUGUGAUCCUACUCACACGUAGCAACUUGCAAAGCCCUGACACAUAGAAAGUGCGCAUU